AUGUGGGGAUUGUCAGAGUAUAAGGCAGAUUUAGAGCAAAUCAAUAAUGCAAACUAUACAAACCUCAAUGUCUUUUCUAAGGUUCAACCAGGUGAUGAAGAGCUCCUUCAUCGCUAUCAUUUCAUCAAAGUUUUAUCAUUUUUCAAGAGAAAUGACUUCACAGAGCUUACAAACCAUUCCAAUAUGUAUUUAGAUUCUAUUUAUGAAUACAUGGACAAGUGGAAUGAGGAGUAUCUUGAUCCUGGAUUCCCUGCACCACCAUUUGACUUUAUGCUCUUAGUAAUGAUGACAAGUACAAAUGGUGAUGAUACAUUUAACAAGUUUAUGAGACUAUUCAGACAUUAUUCGAAAGUUCUAGCUUAUCUGAAAACACAAAAUCAACAAAGACAGAUUCUCCUGACAGAUAAAACAAAAACAGAUGAAUUUUACAUGACAGUUGGUAACGCUGUUUUAGUUGUCCAUGGCAGAUUAAACUACAUCGCUGAAAAUAUCGUUGCAAUUCUUCAUUCCACCAGAAAGUACUCGAUAAUUACAAGUUUCCUUAAUGAAUUUAUGCCACCUGACCAAGUUAAUGAUGAUGAAACGCUCUCCUGCUUCGGCAGAGUUCUGAUUUCGAUUGGAGACAGAAGUCUUGCUGAUAAAUACUUCGAAAAGGUUCUUAACCCAGCUCUGAAGACUAUCAAUAAAGGAUACUAUCAAUUCUUCGAUGGAAACUUCGCUGAAGCUGCGAAAUCUCUUACUGGAAAUUUAGCACCAUCAAAUGAAGCAUGCAACUACUACAUGGGAGAUUUCAAGACCGAUAUUUCUGAAAAUUCAAAUAGUUCGGCCACGCCAAAAAAGCCAACUCCAGAAUCUUUGACAAGAUGGCCUUUGCCACCAUUGCAAGCAUAA